AUGCAGUAUUCUCACAUAACUACUUUCCAAAAUGAAGCUUGGAAUGGAUUAGAAGAGGAGGUACAACAGGAUGAGAAGCUGAAGGGAAUAGUGCAUCCUCUUAGUCAGAAGGGGUUUCAACUUAAGGGAGGAAGGGCUCCUCCAGUGUUAAUUAGAGGGGACACCCUUGGAUCUGCAGUUGAUGAAAUCAAUAAAUUGACAAUGGAGAGAAACUUGAUGAUCAAGGAAUUGCAAGAGCAGUUACUCAAAGCACAAGAUAUGAUGAGAAAUCAAACAAACAAGCAUAGGAGGGAGGUGGUCUAUGAAGUGGGAGAUAAGGUUUUCUUAAAAAUCCAGCCUUACAAAAUGAAGAGUUUAGCUAAAAGGCUGAACCAGAAGCUUAGUCCUAGAUUUUAUGGACCUUAUGAGGUAAUUAAAAGGGCGGGAGAGGUGGCUUACAAGCUUAAGCUGCCUGCUGAUGCUAGAGUACACCCGGUAUUCCAUGUGUCCUUGCUGAAAAAAGGUAUUAGUGCCUCUGCCAAAAUCCAACCCUUGCCAGAUUGUAUGAAUGAGGAUUGGUAUUUGGAACAUGUGCCUGAGAAAGGAAUGGAUUACAGGAGGAAUGAUCAAGGAGAUUGGGAGGUUUUGGUGAAAUGGAAAGAUCUUCCAGAAUUCGAGACUUCGUGGGAGUUGACUGAAAAGUUAAAAGAGGAAUUUUCAGUUUUCUUCCUUGAGGUCAAGGAAGUUUUUGAAGGGAGGGGAAUUGGUAUAUAUGGGAAGCAAUAUGUGAGGAAACGUAGGAAAGAGAAAGAGAGAGAAUAG